AUGAUUGGAGGAGAGCGAGCCGGGGCGCGGUCAGCCAUUGGCCGCCUCAGAUGUCAGUUAGGUCGACGGGUGGUGACGUCAGCGCGUCCGCAACACUCAGCCUCUUCCCGCGCGGUGGCGACAGAAGCAGGGUUCGUGGUGCACACGACGUGGAAACUCACAGAGCAACACGCAGACCGCUGCUCAUCAAUGUCCAUUCACCUGAAGUGUCACGUCAGGAUAUCGAUGAUGUGGACAGUGAAGGCAGUUGGCCUCGGGGUGGUGGGCCUCUCUCUGAGCUGGGAGCUGUUUGCCUGGUUCCGCCGGCGCCUCAAGCCGAGACGAACCCUCCAUGAGGUCCUCUUCUUCCCCUCAGAAACGGCCUGUUUGCAGCACAUCUUCGUUCCCUCUUCACCUGUUUUCUGCUCCUCUAGCUCCUGUAUGUGCCCAUUGCCUCAUGGCGUUGAGACCUCUUUCUCCCGUCUUCUCUGCCACAUCCUCUCUGCCAAGUCUUCUUUGGACGUGUGCGUUUUUUGCUUUUCUAACAUGGCUCUAUGCAGCGCUUUGUUAGCGCUGCAGAGCAAGGGCGUAACCAUCCAAGUCCUCACUGACAAUGACUACACUGCCAUCCCUGGCUCCCAGAUAGGGGUCCUCCGCAAGGCCGGGAUCUGUGUGCGCUGUGACGCGACCCCUGUGUACAUGCACCACAAAUUUGUAGUGGUGGACGGUCGGCUGCUCAUCACUGGCUCCCUCAACUGGACGCUGUCAGCAGUGCAGAGCAACAUGGAGAACGUCCUCAUCACGGAAGAGCCCAAGCUGGUGCAACCCUUCGUCGCAGAGUUCAGCAGGUUAUGGGCGUUCAACGAUCCGGCUCACAACCAUCCCUCAGUCGAACGAGAACCUGCUCGCUUUGUCUCUAGAACCUGUGACUAA